GAUGAACACCAAGAUAAAAUCCAGUCCUCUUUCCAGCCACAGCCUCUAAUCUAUCCAUUCGUUGAGCCUAUCCCCUACCCUUUCUUUCCACAAAGCAUUCUGCCUCUUGCUCAGCCUGCUGUGGUGCUACCUGUCCCUCAGCCUGAAAUAAUGGAAGUCUCUAAAGCUAAAGACACUGUCUAUACUAAGAACAAAGUGAUGCCCAUCCUUAAAUCUCCAGCGAUGCCCGUUUUUCACCCUCAACUCCUGAAACUCACUGCUCUUGAAAAUCUGCAUCUUCCUCUGCCUCUGUUCCAGCCCAUGAUGCACCAGGUCCCUCAGCCUAUUCCUCAAACUCUUGCACUUCCUCCUCAGACUCCUGUGCUUCCUCCUCAGCCCCUGUGGUCUGUUUCUCAGCCCAAAGUCCAGCCCAUCCCUCAGCAAGUGGUGCCCUACCCUCAGAGAGAUGUGCCUGCUGCAGCCUUUUUGGUCAAUCAAGAACUUUUACUUGACCCCACCCACCAGAUCUACCCUGUGUCUCAGCCAUUUGCCCCAGUUCAGAAGCCCAUUAGUGUCUAAGAGGAUUUCAAAGUUAAUGUUCCCUCCUCAUUUUGAAUUGACUGAGACUGGAAAUGUGACGUCUUUUCCAUCUUUGUAUUAUAUUAUCCCAAAUUAAGUAUGUUUGAAUGAAUUUACAUGAAAAAAUGGAGCUUUAUUUCUUUAUUUAUUUAAUAUAUUAUAUGUCAUUCAUUUAAUUUGCAUUUUGACUCAUGAACUGCUUACAUUUUCCGAAUAUUAAUUCAACUAGUACCACAGAAGUUCAGUAUUCAUUAGGAAAUGCUACAAACAUAUCAAAAUAUGCAUAAAAAUUGUUUCUGUGGGUUGUGCUUAUUAUUAUUUCUUUAAGGGUCUAUUUCCUUUCCAGUCAUUUCAAUAAAUUAUCCUGAAGCAU